AUGGUUAGGGGGACACCGGAGCACGGGUAUGCUUGCUUACUGGCUUAUUUGUACAUGGUUGAAAAUCUAAAUCCAGGUUCCCGAAUUUGCAUUAGUCCUGAUGAUGCAGACAGGUUCAAAUAUUACUUUGUAGCUUACGGAGCUUGCAUUCGAGGAUAUAAACACAUGCGAAAGGUUAGUGCCAUUGACGGCACACAUUUAUAUGGCAAGUAUAAGGGUGUGUUGUUGUCCGCCGUCGCACAUGAUACUGAGAACCAUAUCUAUCCAAUUGCUUUUUGCGUGGUGGACAAGGAGUGUGAUGAAUCUUGGACCUACUUCUUCAAGCAACUGAGGUAUGUAAUCACCGAUGAACUAGACUUCUGUAUCAUCUCUGAUAGGCACAGGAGCAUAGCCAAUGAUGUUUCCAUAAUUUUUGAGCAUGCUCAUGAUGGACUAUGCAUGAAGCAUCUUAGUGAUAACCUUCGAAAAAAAUUCCAAUGUGGAGAUUCUCUUCAUGUAUACUAUGAUGCAGCAAAGGCAUAUGAUUACCAGGAGUUCAAUAAACAUUUUCAGCAAUUAAGAGAUAAAUGCCUCAAAGUAGCUAAUUGCCUCGAGUUUGAUAUUGAAUUUGACAAGUGGAGCAGGGCAUAUUUUUCAGUAAAUAGGUACGAUGUGCUGACCACAAACAUUGUUAAGUCACUAAACUCAAUGUUGAGGGAUGAAAGAGAGUACCCUGUGACUGCCUUACUCACUUCUAUUUCUAGGAGGUUUGCUGAAAUUUUCAGGCAGAGACGUGCAAAUAUCAGCGGUUCAAUCAAUUUAUUUGUGCCUUCGGCUGAAAAGACGCUAAGGGAACAGAUGGAUGAGGGCGACUCUUUGUUUGUCAAUAAUAUAAAUGGGGAUGCCAACGAGUUUACCAUAGUCGGUAGUGGCCUAACUACCAAAGUCAAUCUACUAAACAAAACAUGUACUUGUAGAGAGUAUGACUUGGUGAAAUUACCAUGCGCUCAUGCGAUGGCAGCCUUGAGGUUGAAAUACGAACCUGAUUAUGGUUCAAGCGUGUACAAGUAG